GGGCGGCGCGCGCCGGGCACGCGCGCCGGGGACCGUGGCGUUCGCCGGGCUGGAGCUGGAACAUUAACCCCGGGAGGCGCGGCGGCGGCGGCGGCGCCUGCGAGGGAGCGAGCCUCGAGCGGGCGGGCCCUGCCUGAGGGACGGGAGGAAGGGGCGGGGAGAGCGCCGGAGGGAGGCCGGUCGGCCGCGGGCGGGCGGGCAGGCAGCGCAGCGCCGAGCGGCCCGCGGGCCCAUGAGGAGGCCCGGGGACCAUGGGCUCCAGGAUCAAGCAAAACCCAGAGACCACAUUUGAAGUGUAUGUUGAAGUGGCCUAUCCUAGGUCAGGUGGCACUCUUUCAGGAUUUGGAUUUUAAAGUAGUAUGUGAAAGAAAGUUCUUUGAAGACUGCACAGUGUUUUGUGAACUCAAGAUCCUGAGGUGCAGAGGCAAUUCCCAGAGGACUACAGUGACCAGCCUCACAGUUAGCCAAGUUGGCCAGAACUUCACGUUCGUGCUCACUGACAUUGACAGCAAACAGAGAUUCGGAUUCUGCCGCUUAUCUUCAGGAGCUAAGAGCUGCUUCUGUAUCUUAAGCUAUCUCCCGUGGUUCGAAGUAUUUUAUAAACUACUUAACAUCUUGGCCGAUUACACAACAAAAGGACAGGAGAGUCAGUGGAAUGAGCUUCUGGAAACUCUGCACAAACUUCCCAUCCCCGACCCAGGAAUGUCUGUUCAUCUCAGUGUGCAUUCUUAUUUUAAUGUGCCUGAUACCAGAGAACUUCCCAGCAUACCUGAGAAUAGAAAUCUGACAGAAUAUUUUGUGGCUGUGGAUGUAAACAACAUGUUACAUCUGUACGCCAGUAUGCUCUACGAACGCCGGAUACUCAUCAUUUGCAGCAAACUCAGCACUUUGACGGCCUGCAUCCACGGGUCUGCCGCCAUGCUCUACCCCAUGUUCUGGCAGCAUGUGUACAUCCCCGUCCUGCCACCACACCUGCUGGACUACUGCUGUGCUCCCAUGCCCUACCUCAUAGGAAUCCAUUUAAGUUUAAUGGAGAAAGUUCAAAACAUGGCCCUGGAUGAUGUCGUGAUCCUAAACGUGGACACCAACACCCUGGAAACCCCCUUCGACGACCUGCAGAGCCUCCCGAAUGACGUGAUCGCUUCACUGAAGAGCCGGCUAAAGAAGGUCUCCACCACCACUGGCGACGGUGUGGCUAGAGCCUUCCUCAAGGCCCAGGCUGCUUUCUUCGGCAGCUACCGGAACGCUCUGAAAAUUGAGCCAGGCGAGCCAAUCACCUUCUGUGAGGAGGACUUCGUGUCCCACUAUCGCUCUGGAGCCAUGAGGCAGUUCCUGCAGAAUGCCACCCAGCUGCAGCUCUUCAAGCAGUUUAUCGAUGGUAGAUUAGACCUUCUCAAUUCCGGCGAAGGUUUCAGUGAUGUUUUUGAAGAGGAGAUCAACAUGGGCGAAUAUGCUGGCAGCGACAGACUGUACCACCAGUGGCUCUCCACGGUCAGGAAAGGAAGUGGAGCAAUUCUGAAUACUGUGAAAACGAAAGCAAACCCAGCCAUGAAGACUGUCUAUAAGUUUGCAAAAGAUCAUGCAAAAAUGGGAAUAAAAGAGGUGAAAAACCGCUUGAAGCAAAAGGACAUCACCGAGAAUGGCUGUGCCCCCACUUUGGAAGAGCAGCCACCAAAGACUGUGCCGUCCCCACUGGUGGAGGCCAAGGACCCCAAGCUCCGAGAAGACCGAAGGCCGAUCACAGUCCACUUCGGACAGCCUCAAAGAGUCCUCGGUCCCACUCGCCCGCCGCCUCCCAAGAUACACCGCUGGAGGCCCGUGCGCCCUCAGCGCCCACAUGUCGUCAGGAGACCGAAGAGCAACAUCGCAGUGGAAGGCCGGAGGCCGUCCGUCCCGAGCCAGGAGCACCUGGUAAAGCCCUUGCAACACUAUGCCGUCUUCCUCUCCGAGGACUCCUCUGACGAUGAAAGCCAGCGGGAAGAGGGCCCGAGCCCUGGCUUCACCGAGAGCUUUUUCUUCUCCACCCCCUUUGAAUGGCCACAGCCCUAUCGGACACUCAAGGAGUCGGACAGCGCAGAAGGCGAGGCAGAGAGUCCCGAGCAGCGAGCGAGAGAGCCCGUGGGCCCUGCCCCAGCUCCACCGGACCGGGCGGCCAGCGUCGACCUCCUGGAAGACAUCUUCAGCAGCCUGGACAUGGAGGUGCCACUGCAGCCCCUGGGCCAGGCCAAGAGCCUGGAGGACCUUCGAACUCCCAAAGACCUGAGGGAGCAGUCAGGCACCUUUGACUAUCAGAGGCUGGACCUGGGCAGAGGCGACAGGAGCCGUGGGAUGCCGCUGGCCUUGAGGCUCACUCACCCCUACAACAAGCUCUGGAGCCUGGGCCAGGACGACAUGGCCAUCUGCAGCAAGCCCCAGGCCCCCUCCCCCGAGGAGCCCUCUGCCCUGCUCGGCAACGCCCCGGCCCUGCUGCACAGACCCCAGAACCGGGACAGCAUCCUGAACCUCUGCGACAAGGAGGUGGCACCCGUUCCUGCUCCGGGCAGUAUCACCAUUCCCCGGCCACAGGGCAGGAAGACCCCAGAGCUGGGCAUCAUGCCCCCACCGCCCACUGCCCGCCCAGCCAAGCUCCCGUCCGCCGGGGCCGCCCUCGAUGACUUCUCAGAGUGGCUGCAGGCCGAGCCGGACAGGCGCCCGGCCCCGCUCCCCAGUGCUGCCCCCCAAGGCCCCAGCAAACCGCUCCAGCCUCUCAGCCUGGCCCCGGGGGCUGCGGCCACUGGCAGCGAUGCCCUGCUGGCCCUCCUGGACCCACUUAGCACAGCCAGGGCGGACAGUAUCCUUCCACCAGGCCCUUCAGCCCCAAAUGUAGCUACCCCCUUCACCCCCCAGUUCAGCUUCCCCCCCGCAGGGACCCCCACCCCAUUUCCACAACCGUCGCUCAACCCAUUUGUCCAGUCUGUACCAGCGGCACUGCCCGCCGUGUCCCUGGUCUCCACGCCGGCCAGGCCUUUCGGGGUCCCUCCUGCUUCCCUGGGCCCAGCUUUUGCCCCCAGCCUCCUGCUGUCCAGCUCUGGCUUCUGCCCCCCACAUAGAUCUCAGCCCAACCUGUCUGCCCUCUCCAUGCCCAAUCUCUUUGGCCAGAUGCCCAUGGGUGCCCACACCAGCCCCUUGCAACCACUGGGCCCCCCAACAGCUGCCCCUUCAAGGAUCCGAACGUUGCCCUUGGUCCGUUCAAGUGCCAGGGCUGCUGAGGCCAAGCAGGGGCUGGCCCUGAGGUCUGGAGACGCCCCCCUCGUUCCUCCAAGACCCGCCCAGGGCCUGGAGCCAGCACUGCAGCCCUCUGCUACUCAGGAGGCCAGAGACCCCUUUGAGGAUUUGCUGUGGAAAACCAAGCAGGACGUGAGCCCGGCCCCGGCCCCGGCCCCGGGCUCCGUGGAGCAGCUUAGGAAGCAGUGGGAGACCUUCGAGUGAGCCAGCACUGAGGCCGGCGGGGUGGCCAGGCCCAGCAGGGGCUGUGCGCUGCCCCGCUCCCGGCCAGCGGCCCUGCUUUUCCUGCAGCUCCGAUCUACCCAGGCUCUGCUGGUGAGGAGGGAUGGGACCCUCUCUGCUCCCCUCCCCCGCCCCCUCCCCAAGGAGGUCUGGCCUUUGGGAAUUGGGAAUCGACCCCCUGGGCGCCCAUCCCACCUGCCACCACCUCUCCCCAGCACCCCUGUUGGGUUUUGCACUAAAAAGUCAGCUGGGCCAAUGACUGCCCCAGACCAGUCCAACUCGCUUUCCCUCUGGAAACCUCCAGGCCUCUCCUCCCAAGCCCUGUUCUGUCCUGCCUGGCCCGGCCCUGGACACCCACUGCAACAGGCACAGGUGUCAGUGGUACCCGCAGCCUGAGUUUGUCUGCGAGACACGUGGUUUGGAGUUUGAAGUGGGAUCCAUUGGCGGAGCAUUUCCAGCCCUCUAGCAAUACACACACUGGUUCUCGUGAGUCUGCGCCCCAAACUUCAGCUGUUUCUGGCUUGGUUGCGAGUUGGGGGGUGAGAGAUCCUCGCGAUCCCUAGUGAUAGCCAACCCCAGCCCCGCCAGUCUGGUGUGGGCUGGCAGCUCUGAUUUGUAGACGGAGAAAUAGCGGCAGAUUAAUCUGAGUGCAGGAGGCAGGCCAUUGCCAGCGCUCUCCCUUGAUCCGUGUGGGUUCUCCUGGUCUUGUGUUUCUAUCUAAUGGGGCUCAGCUUCUUGUCUUGGGGGAUUUAGGGGCAGAGCUGAGCAGCAGGCACCAUUCCAACUGGAAGGCCAGUUGACCCAGGAGUUCAAGUGCCCAGGGUCAGGAAGGAGCGGGCACUGUGCCCCCCUCCAGGCCCGAGGAGGGGAGUAGCAGCCCAGAGGGAAGGAGGAGGGCUGGAGCACCUGCCCUGCCCCCUCGCAAUCUCGCCAGCAAAGGAAUUCCUAAGGCCAAUGUCACCAAAGCUGAAUUGAUGUUUUGUUAUUGUUUCUUUUUUCCUUUUUACUUUAUUGAUUUAAUGAAUCUUGAAAUUGACUAGUUUCAAUAAACCAAGUUGAAAUGUGA